CACAAACAAACACACACACACACACACACACACACACGUACACCUUUAUAAUUCGACGCUGACACACUUCAUAAGCGAGAGUGUGUGUGUGAGGGAUUUCUAAAGUUCAAAACUCAAUAUUGCUGACGGAUUGAUUUGGAUACACUUGAAAACCAAGACCCUGAACCGAGGCGACGCCUGCGACGCAUCGAUCGUCAUCAUCAAGGAUGUCUCUGCACAGGAGCUUUCUGUCCGACGAGCAGUUCCUCUGCUCCAUCUGUCUGGACGUGUUCACCAACCCCUCGUCGACGCCCUGUGGCCACAGCUUCUGCAUGUCCUGCAUCGGCCGAUACUGGGACGGAGCCAAGGUUUGCCAGUGUCCUCUGUGUAAGAAAACCUACCAGAAGCGACCGGACCUCCAGAUCAACCGGACGCUGCGAGAGAUCACGGAGCAGUUCAGGUCCAUGAGGGGAGGUGGGGGGCUGGAGAGGAGGAGAGGGGGGAAAGGAGGAGGGGAUGGAGCCAUAACAGGUAAUAUUUUCGAUAACCUGAAGAGGAAGCUUCCUCGACCUGUGACCUGUGAGGCCCAGUCACCAGAGGACGAGUCCACCCCAGCGCUGCUGGCCUCUUCGGUGCCGAACGACAGUCCCAUCACGUCCGGACCUCCUCCUCCUCCUCCUCCCCACGUCUCCCGCUCCAACGGCCGGAGGAGGUUCACCGUGAGCGGGGCGGCGAGCAGCCAGAGCCUGUCGGUCUGCGACCUCCACCACAGGGGCACCACGAUCUACUGUCGCACGGACCGAGUGUGCAUCUGUCCCGACUGCGAGGCCGAGCAGCACCAGCACCACGACACGGUGUCAGUCGAGGACGAGUGGACGGACACCAAGUCGCAGCUGAUUGUGUCGGCUCAGGAGAUCCAGGAGAUGAUCAGACAGAGAAUCAAGAAGAUCGAAGAGAUCAGAGUGUCAGUGACUGAACUGGAGCAGGCGGUGGAGCGAGAGACCGCCGGCAGCGUUCGCCUCUUCUCCUGGCUGCUGUCGGCCAUCGAGCGUUCGCAGGCGGAGCUGAUGGAGGUGAUGGAGAUGAGCCGGAGGGCGGCCGAGCACCAGGCCGACGCCACCGUACGACAGCUGGAGCUGGAGGUGGAGGAGCUGCGUGGGAGAGAGGGAGCCCUGCACGAGCUGGCCCAGUCAGACGACCCCAGCCACUGCGUCAAGGCCUUCGCCGUCCUCUCGGGUCCGCCGCCCUCCAAGAACUGGUCGGGCGUGUCAGUGAACUCUGACCUGGGCACAGGGAUCGUCUACAGGUCGCUGGCCGCUCUGGUGGAGAGGUUCCAGGAAGAGCUGAGGAACGUCGCAGAAAAGGGUUUCCCCGCCGCAGUGCAGGAGCGCAGUCCGGUCCGAACGCAGCCCCGGAUGAGGAAAGUGCAGGAGUACGCAGUGGACGUAACUCUGGACCCCGACACCGCCCAUCCCAGACUGAUCCUGUCGGACGACAUGAAGAGUGUGAAGUGUGGAGAGCGACACCAGCUUCUGCCCGACAACCCCGAGAGGUUCGACAGGGUCGUGUGCGUCCUGGGGCGGAACGCAAUUUCCUCCGGGAGACACUACUGGGAGGUGGAGGUGGGCGGGAAGACGGACUGGGAUCUGGGCGUGGCCAGGAAAUCGGUCAACAGGAAGGGGAAGGUUGACGUUACCCCAGUCAAUGGCUACUGGUUCCUCAGCCUCAGAAACAAGAACAAGUACGCCUUUCGCACUGAACCCUCCACAGUUGUUGACCUGAACCUGCCGCCGCACAAGAUCGGUGUGUUCGUGGACUUCGACAAAGGACAGGUGUCUUUCUACAACGUCGAGGCUAAAAUCCACAUCUACACUUUCAACGACACGUUCACCGAGCGCAUGUUCCCGUUCUUCAGCCCCUGCACCAAUAAAUCGGGCAAGAACGAGACGCCGCUGAUCAUCACGCCGGUGAAGACCUGACAGUUAUUUGUGGCUUCUCCUUCUCUUGUUGUUUUACAGUGUGCACUUGUGCACUUAAGUUUCCCUGUAAAAGAAUGAACAACGAUGCUGGUGUCUUGACAUAUAGGUGUAACGCGUGGUUGUAUUUUAAAAUGAUUCACUGGUAAAAAUCGAACAACACACUGUAAUUCUGUUGAAAAUACAAAAUCCAUUUAUGGAAGGGGGGGGGGGGGGAUUUAAAUUUUACAUUUUGCUUGGAUCAAGUUGGUUUGUUUCUAUGAAAACAGUUGAGAAAAUUAAAUUUUGUGGGGGGGCAUAUUCAACGUCUAUUUAUUUUCUCAGGAUUUGUACGUGUUUGUUGUUGUAAUGCUCAUUUCGGCCACUACUCCAGUCUCAUGUUUUCGUUCCAGGUGAUUUGUAUAGAAUUUCUUUUCGACGGGGCGUUUUGAGAAAUCUAGGGAAACACAAUUUUUUUUACUGUUCUAUUUAUUUGUUGAUAUUUUCUUACGAUUGUAUUUUUACUGUUCUCAUUUUAUGAUAUAUAUAUAUAUACAUAUUGUUUCUUCUAUUUUAAUCUUGUGAGCCUCUUGUCUGUAUUCCUUUCGCACUUUAACAAUAGUUAUACAUUAACUGUAUUAUUUUAUUGUUCUGUGAAGCACUUUGAAAUUGCCAUGGUGUAUGAAAAAGUGUUAUACAAAUAAAGUUGCCUUGUAAUUUG